UCUUAAACCAAGGAACAUAUUCUCUUUGAUUCUUGGCAAAGUAUAAUUUUCUACACAUCAGUGCAAUACGCAAAAUGAACAUAUUCUUCGUUGUGAUUGGAAUUCUUCUCAUCUUUAAUUCGAUUUCCAUUGGAUUAUCAUUAACUCCUUCUAAUCGAAAUUGUACAACAGUAGAACCAACUGCAAUUGACGAUGCAGAGUGUAAAAAAUAUUACAUAUGUAUUUAUGAUGAUACGGGAUCAUUGGUCUCGUACGAUACAUCAUGUCCAACUUCGAUGGUAUUUGACCCUUCGAUCAAAAAUUGCGUACCAUCUAUGAACUUUGUUUGUAAAACAAACUUAACAAGUGCAACAGCAAGUACUACAACAACUACAACAAGUACAACACCACGUACAACACCAACGCCAUGUAAUGGUAGAUUCCAAAUAAUAGGAGGUACUUGUCAGGACUAUUAUUUCUGUUACACAGAUGCUGUAACCACCAUCAAAUAUAAUUUGACAUGUCCAAAUAAUCUGCAAUUUAAUCCAAUAACGCAAAAAUGUGUAUCACCUUGUUCAAGUCCUGAUAAAUGUCCACCAUGUUUAUGAACUAAAUAACUAUAACUAAAUGAAUUAUAAUAGAA